ACUUUAAACUAAAAAAUAUGUUUAGUAUUUUUAACAUAAAAAAAAAAGUGCUGCCCGUCGAGGCUGUCGAGCCCGUCGAGCCCGUCGAGCCCGUCGAGGCAGAAACGUCUAGCUCUGCGUCUUGCUCCAUUGAUGUGGUCAGUACUAUAAAUACCAGACAGACUAUCGAUGAUUUAGGACACCUAAAUUCAGGUCCUAUUCAGCCAAAAAUGAAGUCGAUACAACAAUUUGCAGAUGAAAAUAAUGUUACAAUUGAAAUUCCAUACCAAGCACGAGGUAAGAGGAAAAGAAAUGAGCCAAUUCAUCUUAACAAUUUCAUACUAACUACAUCAACAAGCGCAGCAGCUGAACCAAUCGAGUCAAUUGAGUCUGUGCAUGACUAUUAUAGAUCCAAUAUCUAUUAUAAAAUAUUAGACUCAAUAAUUGUAAAUUUAAAAAAAAGAUUUUCUCCAGAUAGUUUAACAUUGGCUGUUUCUGUGGAUAAAUUCAUGCAACUUCAAUAUGAAGGAAGCUUAAUAUUUAUUGAUCAUUAUAAGGAUUUAUUGGAUAUUAACAAAUUAAACAUUAAAUCUGAAAUGACUGUUGCCAGAAAUUUUAUAAAUAAAAUCAACAAUGAUUUGACUAUUGACGAUUUGAAAACAUCAAUAAAAAAAGACAUUUUUCCAAAUGUCUAUAAAAUGCUUCAAGUAGCACUUACUUUACCUGUCAGCUCUUCAACUUGCGAGCGGUCUUUUUCGGCUAUGCGAAGAAUAAAGACGUGGGUGAGAACUUCUAUGUAUCAAGAACGAUUUACAAAUCUUUCUAUUCUACAUAUAGAGAAAGAUAUAACAAAAAAUAUGGAUACUGAAUGUAUUUUAAAUGAAUUUUCUAAAUCCUCAAGGAUGAUGGUUUUAAAAUAAAACAUUUAAGACAAAUA